AUGCCCGCCCAGUUAGCCAAAGGACUUGUGAUUACUGUUACUAUUCUUGUUGCCGCGGGAAUUGCCGUCUACGAAAACCCCCACGUGAAGCAGUGGAUUCAAAACUCCCGCCGGAAAAUCGCAGUUGCUCUACACAAUCUUGGAGAUGAGAUUAAUCCUCGAGAAUCUUCCACAGACCGCAGGUCGACGGAAGACAUAUCCAUGACCGAAGAGCUAGGUGAGGAAGCGGAGGCAAGACGGCAGAAAGCUCGGGAGGAAAUCUUACGACGAGCCUCGAUUUUAAAAGCGCGAAAGAAUAAUUCUUCAGUUUCCGUUGGUAGUUUUGAUGGCCUCGUGGACAAAGAUGGACGAUUGAAAGAGCAAUCCAAGCCGCCCUUGCUGAAGGAGGGAGAAUCCAUGGCGAAAGCCACAGGCGUGGAAGUUACAAGUUCUCAUGUCGUUCAUCGACGCCCUGAGGACUCCCCUGAUCUUUCCAGAUCAAUAUCUGAAAUGUCUCCGAGGAUUUCCUCUGAACACCGCCAGGCAAUACUUGAUAAUAUAGAUAGAGAUAGACUCCGCACCACUCUUUCGUCAGAGACAUCGUCAAACCAUCCUUCAGAGUCGUUGGCCGACCUGACUCCAACCUCAGAAAUCCCAGACAUGGACUUUUCGUUUGCCUCACAGAGUGAGAUACUGGGACGGCACCGGGGACAACGAGAUGAACACCCGUCGCAAUCAAACUAUUUCUCCCUGGCGUCAUCGCUGCAUCCAGAAGACGGCGAAGCGGACUUCUACUACGCACGUCCCCCGAACACUGACCUAAAUAUUACCGUACCAAAUUUGCAACAACAGAGCCGUCCUCAAAAUCCGUUCGAGGACCCGCGAGAAACUGAUUCUCUUCAACAUGUUUCCACGGCAGUUUCAGUCGCCUCGAGUCUCAGCCAUAUCGAGAAUGGGUCGUUUAACCCCAUGUCAGAUGGAACGCUGAGCGACUUAGGAUCUGUCCGUGAUGGCACGCAUACCCCAGCCAGCUGGUCUGAAGUUGGGAGCGUGACCAGUAGCAAUGACGGUCUUCAUAACCAUCCUUAUUAG